CUUUUGUUCUUUUGCUUCGAGUUUCUUCUUUGCACGCUCAGGUUUCCAUCAAUACUGAAUGAUAAUCAAAUGAGCAAUCUUCAAUUCUGAUGGAAGAAUCUCAAUUUUUAUCCUUUUUGUUUCUCUUUUCGCCUCUUCUCGAGCUCAUCAUCUGCGGUAAACAACUUGGACAAGAACGAAACAGUUUGCAGGAAAAAUGUUCUGUUGACGACAUCAACUCAUUUGGCCAUCAUUAUUAUUACAGAACUUUAUCAUUCUUCAAGUUCAAGGUCGAGAGACGGCCUUGAAUCUCACUCUAACUCUCUCUCUCUCUCUGUGAUAAUCUCCUCCCACUCCUCCCUCACUCUUGGGAGGUAAAGUUAUUCAACCAAAGUUAACAUUAGAGCAACUCUAAUAUAAGCUCAAACUGUUUACCAACUACGAUAUUAUUUAUCAAACCUUUUUCACUCCAUCAACUAAACUUGUUUUUCUCGACUUUCCUUUUCCUCGUCAAUUGUUUACUUCAAUGUGCCAAUGUUAUCCAAUUUAAACGUUUCAAUAUUUUUUUCAAUUAUUCUUGGUUCGCCGGUGGAAAAGGAAAAGUUGAACAUUGAACAAUUUUUUAAUUUUGUUUCAAUUUCGCUUCAAUUUUGCUGUUAAUGUUACUUUCGUUAUUACUCUCACCAUCUUUACCUUUGAAGCCAAUGUUAUCCAAGCCUAUGGAGGAUGAAGAGUUGAGUAAGUUAAGGAUUCGAAAUGACCAUUUUAAACAUUUAACAAGUAAUCAAGUUAAUCAUCUCGAAAGCAUUACUCCAAUCCCUUUCCAUCAUCAUCAUCACCAUCAUCACCAUCAUACCUCACCGAUACACCAUCACACCAAUGUCCAUCAUCAUUCACUUACUGACCAUCAUAGAAACUUCUCUGACCUGGGAUUACCUUUGGUUAAAUUUUACCAGUUCAUCUCGGAAUCACCAAUGAAAUUGUCACCGGUUGCAUCAACACCUCAAGAUUUUCCCCUUGAUUUGUCCAUUCGAUCCUCGCUUACCUCAUCUUCCCUGUCAACCAAUUCAACCUCAUCUUCACCGACAACAACACCAACCGCUCUAGUUGCACCUCUUCAGUUGAUAGUGAAAUCAAGUAAAUCACCGCCAACCUCAACCUCAACCAGCACAAACUCCAGUCCAACCACAGCUUCACCAACAACACUACUCUCAAUAUCAACCUCACUACCAAGUUCACUAUCAAACUCAAGCUCAACUCCAACCAACCUACCAACUUCAUUAGCAACUUCAUUAACCUCACCAUCAACUACACCAUCAUCUUCCCUGUCAACAGCAACCUCAUCAUCCUCAUCAACUGCAACAACAAUAACAACUCUAACAUCAACUGGAACCUCAAAAUAUGCUCAUCUGCACAAAGCUAAAAGUGUUCAUCGUUCCCGAUUGAACAUUGAAUUGGAAGCCAACAAUAACAAGAGUAAAAGUAAUAAUCUAAUUAAUAGUAAUAAAAGCAUCACAACAACCAACAACAACACUGUUUAUAACACAUCAAGUCACAAGAGUGUAACCGUUAAUGGUCAAGCAGUUUACAUUUGUCCAAUUUGUAAGCAAACCUUUGCCCUUCACGACAGACUAGCCAAACACAUUGCCUGUAAACAUCGUUCAUUACACUAUCAAACAGUCACUUCUCGUCGAGACAAGUUAACCUCAUCUGGUUCAACCGAUACAACAACCUCAACCUCAUCCUCAUCGUCAACCUCAAACAAUGCUUCAACAACCUCCAACCUAACAAGUACCACAACCACCGGCACCAAUAAUAACAAUAACAAUACAACCAAAAAUUAUGUUUGCGGUGUUUGUAAGCAACCCUUUGCUCGAAGUGAUAUGUUGACUCGUCACAUGAGGCGACACACUGGCCUUAAACCCUACAAAUGUCGAACCUGUGGCCAAGUAUUUAGCCGCUCGGAUCACCUAUCAACCCAUCAAAGGACCCAUACCGGUGAAAAGCCCUACAAGUGUCCCCACUGUCCGUAUGCUGCUUGUCGCCGUGACAUGAUCACCAGGCAUCUCAGGACUCAUUCAAGAGGCUAUGAACUUCCUGAUAGUUCAUCUUCCUAUGAAGAGCAUGCAGCUAAAGUAUCAUCCCUACUAACUGGAGUCACCGGCCCAUCAACUGGAUCAUCUUCAUCUUCAUCUUCCUCGUCAACAUCUUCAAUACUCACUGGAGGAGCAAAUCAAGGGUGAACACAAUUGAACACCUCAAAGACAACAAAUUUUUCUCUUCUUCACCUUUCAAUUCCAAUCUUUUUUUUCCUCAAAAUUCUAGUUAAUCUUCCAUUUUCCACCUUCAUCAUCCUCAUCAUCAUCUCCUACCUCUUCUCAAUCGCCUUAUAAAAUGUCAUUUCACGAUUCCUCAUUUGCCAAAUUUUCACUUUCCAUCUUAAAUAAUGAUAUUUAUUUAUAUAUAAAUAAUGUAUUAUAGUUAAUUGUUAAUUUUAAUUUAUUAAUAUUGAAUAACGUAAAAAAUCUGGACUUUUAAUUGGACCAAAAUUUAUUCCCAUGAAAACAAUUUUCGACAUUUUUAUUUAUUUUCAAUUUCUCCUCAUUCCCUUUCUCCUCAUUGUGAUAUCAAAUCAACAUAUUUAUUUGAACCACCAAUCACCUGUAAAUAACAUUUCAUGGUCUCACACUUGUGACCAUAAACCUAGUAACUCAAUGUUGACCAAUCCACCAAUUAACCCAUCAACCCUUUUCCCACCAAAAGUUAAAUUAUUAAAGAAACAAACAAAAAUCCAAAACAAAUUUGCCUUAUUGAUAUUGUUAAUAUUGACGAGAGACCAGAAAAAAACAUAAAAAAAGUAAUAACUCCAACAUUCCCAAUCGGCCUUAAUCCCAACUUAUGAUAAUUAACAUUCCAAAUCGGCCAAAUUUACAAUCAACUCGUCACAAUGGUUAGACAAUAAACUCUUAAACUUUUCUUUUGCAACAAUUAAAGUUGCAAAAGUUGAUUAAACACAAUAUGUGAUCUCAAGUGAUUAAGGUUACUUCGUAGGUGUCUAUGUAAUGUUCAAUGUAAUAAUGUGAUGUUCAAGGGCAACAAAUGAUCAACUUGUGUGAGCGUAAAGCCCACUUGGUUAGGUUGAUUCAAUCCCAUCGAGUUGACUGUCUUGCACCACAACAAUGACAACCAGAGCCUAAGAUUUGCUUAGACUUGGAUCAACUCAAAUCAUUUGAAACAAAUGUGCCAAUGAUGAACCCCUUUAAGCCUCAAUCCCUUAAUUGUAAUUAACCAUUUUUGUCACUUUUAAUUGACUAAUGUAAAUUAACAAUGUAACAGCUUUCAAUUGAGCAAAACCUAAAUAUUUUUCUCUCUUCUGUUGUUCAACCAAAUUUACUUGUAAAAUUGUAUCAAAGACCAACAAUCAAGAAUCAUUAUUGAUCAACAAUUUUGCCUCAUGUAUAUCAAUCACAAUGUAACAAUUGUAAUUGCACUUGAUUAAACACUCGUUGUAUUGUAUUGUGUUGAGCUAAAAGAGAAAGAAAAAUUUACUCAAAAA